GGCUGCGCCAUCGAAAGCACCGGGGCGAGGUUCCAGCAUGGGGUUCUUCUCGGGCUGGCGGAAGGAGAAGGAAGAUGUGAACACGCUGAGCCUAGUGCGCAUGGAGCGCCUAUACGACGAAAUGCAGAAACGAAAGAACGGUGACAUGAGCUCCGCUGAUCGAACUGCGUCGUACAUGAACAGCAACAGUCGCGGUGGACGAAGCACGGCGAUCGCACCACCACCACCCACGGAUCUGCAAGCGACAUCAGGAACCAAUGCUGUGCCUGACGUCGUAGCAACCACUCCGUCGCCACAAGACUUGUCUGCGCACACGCGCGAAUUGGACGCUACGUUGUUUUACCGGGCGAGCUGUCGAUUUCUAGACCCCACCCUCGAGCAACUCUACCAAGAGUACUGUCAGGUGGAAUGGUACGUCCGCGCACGAAACACGGUGAUGGUCAUGAUGAUGUUGCACAUCGUGUUCUUCAUCGUGACGUCGAUGAAGUCGUCGAGUGCCGAAGAUUUGCUACCCAAGGACUUCAACCGCGCCGAGGAAUGGGUGCAAUGGGCGUAUUUUUUUGCGGCCGUCCCGUUCGUCGCGUGGGUCGACGAGGACAGUCCGUUUCGCCGGCGAUGGAAGGUCGCCGUCACGCUGACCUUACUCACUUUUAUCUGCGGCACUCAGAUGUGGCUUGGCUACCAAGGCAGUGCCUCCACCACCGAGUUCCUCAAGUUGCUGGCGAGCCAGCCCACUGCAAGCAGCAACGCGUCCACAUGUAACCGGACGGCGUACUCUGAGCUCAAUUUGGAGCAGACGAACAAAAACCUCCUGAGCGCAUUCGUCGCGCUCGCCGCCAUCUUCCUCAUCCUGAUCGGGUCGACACUGGCCGUGGUGAUUCGGCUGGACUUUCCCCAGGUCGUUUUUCUCCUGCUGACAACGUCGACGUCGCUCGGCAUGGUCCUCCACCUCUAUAGCCUCUCCGUCCAAGCUGUGAUCCUCGUGAGCUACGCAACUCCCGGUUUCCUCCUCUGCAUGGCGUGCUACCACUCGGACCGGUCCGCGCGCCGAUCCUUUCUCGCCAAAAUUCACGUUGAGAAGGAGAACGCCGACCUCCAGUUCACCCUGAACCGGGCCGAGAAGGCCCUCAUGAACGACUCCGCCUGUGAUGCCGAGACCCACGCCGUCCGCCAAGUGCUCAAGUCGAAACACUUGGAAAUGAUUCAAAUUCCGUUUGCCGACCUCAAGUUUGAAAAAAUCAUCGGCCGCGGCGCGAGUGGCGAAGUCAUCAAGGCGAGCUACUUGGGAACUGCCGUCGUAUGCAAACGCAUGCGACGCGACGCGAUCACGCUGCCGUCGAUCCAGCGCUUCCGCGAAGAGAUCGAACUGAUGUCGUGCUUGCGCCACCCGAACAUCGUUCAGUUUAUCGGGGCGUCGUGGGACAAUUGCUCCAACGUGUGCAUGGUCCUCGAGUACAUGGAACACGGCGACAUGCACAGCGUCCUGCACUCGGCCAUCGGUCGGUCCUUUGUCUGGAGCGACCCGCUGCUCAAGAUGGCCGUCGGCGCCGUCUCUGGCAUGCUCUAUUUGCACUCUCAAGAACCGCCAGUCGUGCACCGCGACUUGAAGAGCGUCAACCUGCUAUGCUCGGCCACGUUCGGUUGCAAAGUCAGCGACUUUGGGCUGUCCAGGCGCUACAAAAAGGACCUGGAUGCCCUCACGACAGUGGUGGGGACGCCCUUCUGGCUCGCACCGGAAGUGAUCCGCAAUGAAAAAUACGGCAUUUCCGCUGACAUCUACUCGUUUGGGAUCGUCCUCGUACGUAAACCAGUCGCGUUGGUGCUCUUCAUCGGUGGUUUUGUAGACCGAACUCGAGACACGCCAAACGCCGUACCACGAUAUCGACCAGACCGGACUCAAGGUCAUGCUACGUGUAGCCAAAGACGGCCUGCGGCCGUCGUUGCCGCCGACGUGCCUGCCGCGACGCCGACAGUUGAUCCAAGACUGCCUCCUCGAUCACCCCGGUAGCCGUCCGACAUUCCUUGAAGUCCUGCAUCGGCUGCAAGGCGAAGUGCGCGAGGAAAUUGAAGCAGACGCCGAGAAACUCGCGAUCGACCGCCGCGCCCUCCUCCGGACCAAAGCCAUGAAACGCGAACAGUCGGUGCGCCGGUUGGAUCAGUUGUAGGACCACAUAUGACAAUAAUUUAUCACGUAUUCAAGCGGUGUCACGCGUCGCGGAUGGCGCCGAUCUGCGGCACGCAUUGCCCAUUCAGAAACAGCACAGGCAGGGACCAGGACCCU